GGCCUCCAGCUGAAUUUUUAACUCCACUAACAGUCUUGGCAUUAGUUGCUGUUUAGGACUUAGGUUAAUUAUUUGGUGAACUUAAAAAUAAUUAGAAAGAGAGAUGAUGCUGAAAUGUGACGAUGAAAGUGUUGGAAAUGUAAAAGGGUUAAGUAGGGUUUAAUAUCGCAUUGGAGUGGGAGCAGGGAAACACAACGCAAUCUUCACUCUUGGGUUUAGCGGAGCAAGAUGUCAGUUUACCGGCUGCUUCUCCGGCGCGUGGCCGUAGCCCGCCCCAUGUUCUCUCUGACCCAAACCCGUUCCUACGCCUUCUCAUCCGCCGAAGAAGCCGCGGCCGAGCGGCGGCGACGGAAGCGGCGUCUGCGCAUCGAGCCUCCCCUGAACGCGAUUCGACCUCCGCCGCAGCAGGGCCCUCCGCGCGACCCGAACGCCCCUCGACUCCCGGACUCGACCUCGGCGUUGGUGGGGCCUCGGCUGAGCCUCCACAACCGCGUGCAGUCCCUGAUCCGCGCCGGCGACCUGGAGGCGGCGUCCGCCAUCGCCCGGCACUCGGUGUUCUCAGUGACACGGCCGACCGUGUUCACCUGCAACGCCAUCAUCGCCGCCAUGUACCGUUCAGGGCGCUACGAGGAGGCCAUUGCGCUCUUCCACUUUUUCUUCAAGCAGUCGAACAUCGUCCCGAACAUCGUGUCCUACAACAACGUGAUCAACACCCACUGCGACCAGGGCCGAGUGGACGUGGCCCUUGAGGUGUAUCGGCACGUGGUCGCCAACGCCCCCUUCAGCCCCUCCCCCGUCACCUAUCGCCAUCUCACCAAAGGUUUGAUCCAUUCUGAGCGCAUUUCGGAAGCCCUGGACCUCUUGCGCGAGAUGCUCUCUAAGGGCCACGGUGCUGAUUCCCUCGUUUACAACAAUCUCAUUUCUGGCUUUCUCCAUUUGGACAAUUUCGACAAGGCCAUCGAACUCUUCGACGAGCUCAAGGAGCGUUGCCUCGUCUAUGAUGGCGUUGUCAAUGCCACUUUUAUGGAAUGGUUCUUCAGCAAGGGCAGGGACAAGGAUGCCAUGGACUCCUACAGGUCCUUGUUGGACCGCCAGUUUCGGAUGACCCCUGCCACCUGCAAUGUCCUGUUGGAGGCCUUGCUUAACCAUUCCAAGACCUCUGAGGCUUGGUCUCUUUUUGAUAACAUGUUGGACAAUCACACCCCUCCCAAUUUCCAGGCUGUUAACUCUGACUCCUUUAAUAUUAUGGUCAAUCACUGCUUCAAGCUUGGAAACUUUGAGCUUGCCCUUUCUACUUUUAAGAAGGUUGGAUCCAAGCCUAACUCUAAGCCCUUUGCCAUGGAUGUUGCCGGCUACAACAAUAUCAUUGCUAGGUUUUGUGAGAAUGCGAUGCUGUCCCAAGCCGAGACCUUGUUCGAAGAACUCUGCUCUAAAUCUUUGAGCCCCGAUGUGCCCACUCAUAGGACCUUGAUUGAAGCCUACUUGAGAAUGGACAGGAUCGAUGAUGCUCUCAGGAUUUUCCACAGAAUGGUUGAUUCUGGUCUCAGGGUGGUUGCUACCUUUGGUAACACCGUGUUUCAUGAAUUGAUUAAGAAUGGUAAAGCCAUUGACUGUGCUCAAAUUUUGAGUAAAAUGGGAGAAAAGGAUCCCAAACCUGACCCCACUUGCUAUGAGGUUGUAAUCAAGGGACUCUGUGCUGAUGGCUUGUUGGACAAAAGCCGAGAGCUGCUGGAUGAGGUUAUGAGGUAUGGUGUUGGGGUCACUUCUUCCUUGCGGGAAUUUGUGACUGGGGUUUUCAAGAAAGCCGGGAGGGGUGACGAGAUUGAGAGGCUGCUAGAUAUGAACAGAUUUGCAUACACUCCUCGUCCAUCCCCACCAAGACCUGCUUACUGUCCACCGCUGGUCAGGUCCCCCUCGCAAAUGGCAGCAGGGGCAGCACAUAGCCCACCUUCUGGGUUUCCAACACGAAUGGCAGCACAGCAGCAUCCAACACCUCCUCCUCAAAUGACAGGAGCACGUUAUCCACCUUCUCAAAUGGCUGGAGCAGCACAUAAUCCACCUUCUGGUGCUCCACAUCAAGUGUUUGAGCAUCAACGCCCGCCACUGCCUUCUCAAAUGACAGGAAUGCAUCAACCUUCAUGGGGAUUAUCUCCUCCAAUGACUGGACCUCAUCCUGGAUCGUCACCUAAUACAGGACAGCCUUACCACCCUAAUGCAUCUGAACAUCAUCCUCACGUGAGCAGGGUAGCCCCGCAAAUGACAGCGCAGCAUUAUACACCAUCUGGACCUUCACCUCAAAUGGCAGGACAUCAGCCUUAUGGAACACCACGUGGGCCCCAACAAUGGGCAGAACGACAGUAUCCGCCAUCAGGGUUGUCUCCUCCAAUGGCAGGACAACAUCAUCCACUAGCUGGACCAACUCCUCCAAUGUCAGGAUGGUCUAUUCCUUCGAAUGGAGCAUCAGCUAAAAUGUCACCGCCAUAUCAUAUAUCUGCAGGACCAUCUUCUCAGGUGACUGGACCAUAUCACCCAUCAUCAUCAACCCCUCCUCACUUUGAGGAAUCUCAUCAACAGCAAUCAGAAGUCCCUGAACAGUCCUAGGCACAAGCGUUUGGUUUUGCUCAUGGUACACUAUAUGACAACUGUCAAUCCCCUGCUGCCUGCACUUGAGGAAGUGAAAAUAUAGUCCUUUUCCCUAAUAUUUAUUUCGUGACUGUUGGGAAACGCAAAACCAUUUUGAUCUAAAGAAAAUGGGGCAUUUUCAACUUCAGACAUGCAAGCCCAAAAGAGGAAAGCUGGAUGAUAGAAAGAGGAAAUAGUUACCUCCAUGGACUUUCAGACUAUGGGGGAAAUAUUAUAAAAUUAUAUUAACCAUCAAACUUCAAUUAGUAUUUCCAUGACAGCACAUGCACUUUGUAAUUCAUUUUUGGUACUUGUGGGUCUGUAGUAUGUACGAAAUUGGCAUUACAAUUAUUAUUUUUAUCAGUUUUGUACUUGCUUUAAAGCGAGAGUUAGAACUUAAAAUAGGUGUUUUUGUGACAAUCCAGUGUACAGAUUGGACUAGAGAUUCUUUUUAUGAUUAAAAGAUGGUCCUUGCCGAGUGUCUUUUUA